AUGAAAUCACCGACAUAUUUUACACCACUACCAAUAACGGAAGAUGAAAUAAUUGGCGCUGAAAAAAUUCGGGAAAUAGUUAAAGAUAUUCCGGAUUCAUUUAAUACAACAUUUUAUUUGGCACGUUGGUGGCGCGCUUAUAAUGGUGAUUUGGAUUGUAUCAAACGAAAUAUGAAAGAUUUAUUUGAUCACCGACGAAUACUUGCAUAUGAUCGUAUCGAAACACAUUUGCUACAAACAAAAUUAGAAUUUUCCAAAAAAACAUUUGAACGUUUCUGUAUUUCAAAAAUAGCAUUAUAUCGAAAGUUGAAUAAUGUAUGUGUGUUCUUUCAACGAAUGGUUACAAAUGAUAUCGAUGAGAUAACUAAAGUGGUACCAUUCAGUUAUGUUCUUCACUCCUAUUUUAUAAUGCAAGAAGCAUUUACUCGAGCUCAAUUGGAAGCAGAAAAAACAACGGGUAAGCCGGCAGCUAUUGUUAGCAUUCUUGACCUCUCGGAGAUAAAUGCGACGGCUUUAUUGAAUCCGCUAAGUGUCUCCGCGAGAUUUGUGCGAUUGAUUGUGAAAAUAUGGGCCGAUUACUUCAUUGAAACACAAGCGAAGUUAUUUCUUGUAAAUUCGCCAGCAUUAUUGAGCAUAAUGGGACAAAUUGUCAAACUUUUGUUGGAUAAAACAACGCAAUCACGACUUGAAUUUCUUCAUCAGCCAACUGAUUUAAUUAAACAUUUAAAUCCUUAUUUAGUACCAGCAAUAUAUGGUGGAGAAUGGUAUGAUGAUAGUGGUUAUGCGGAAAAACCAGAAUUAGUAUGUCAAAAACCGAUAAAAAUCGAACCCGAACAUUAUUACAAUUGUGAUUUACUUUGGCAAAAAUAUGGUUUUCCAAAUGUUCCAUCAAAAUGUUCACAAAUUAUUAAACGAAAGCAAACAUUUGAAGUUAAAAAAAUUUGCACAAGAGAUUCACAAAUACUAUUAUGGCAUUUUACAGCAAGUACUGAUGUUGAAUUUUCGAUAGUGAAAAAUGAAAUGGAUAAUGAGCAAAUAAUAUGGCCUAAAAUAACGCUUACAAGUUUACGAACACCUGAACAAGGUUCAAUUAUUUGUAAACGUAAUGAAAAAUAUACUUUACGGUUUGUAAAUCCGAGUAGAUUUUUGGUGCCACUUAAAUUACAGUAUGCAAUAGAAUUAUGUUCCAUUACAUAA